CACGGCUCCGAGGGCGGGGCGGGGCGGAUGCCGCGUCCCGUCGGACCGGUUCCCCGGACACCUGGGUUCCGCGAGGGGGGGAGGUCUCCUGCAGCCGCUCCCUGCGCUUGGCCGCGGGCCGGGUCCCGUUACCCCCGGUCCCUGCCGUGGGGCGGGGCGAGGCUGUGUCCUGCCCCGGGGGGUGAAAAGGCUCCGGGCCCCGGGUUCCUCCUGCAGCCCGGGCGGUGCCGGCUGCGCACGCCCAGGUCCCGGCUCCGUCUACCCCGCAGCCUCACUGCCAUGGAGGCCAGCGAUGGCCUCACGUCCCCGCUGCGACCUAAUGGCCUUGGCUCCUUGCUGGAUGAAGAGGAGGAGGAGUGCGAGGCCUUGGUCCUGGACUGUGAAGGAGACCUGGAGGUGAACCCCUAUGAUGGGCUGCCUUUCUCCUCCCGCUACUAUGAGCUGCUGCAGCGGCGACGAGACUUGCCCGUCUGGACCACCAAGUACAGCUUCAUGGAGCACCUGGAGAGCAGCAGCGGCAUCGUCCUGGUGUCUGGAGGGCCUGGGUCUGGCAAGAGCACCCAGAUCCCCCAGUGGUGUGCAGAGUACGUCCUCUCCCAGCAGUUCGCACAUGGCCUGGUGGCCUGUAGCCAGCCCCACGGCCUGGCCGCCCUCAGCCUCUCGCUGUGCGUGGCUGAUGAGAUGGACCUGAACCUGGGCCACGAGGUUGGCUACUGCGUCCCCCACGAGGACUGCUGCACCCCGGAGACCCUGCUCAGAUUCUGCUCGGAUGAGAUGCUGCUGCGGGAGAUGAUGUCGGACCCUCUGCUGCGCCAGUACGGGGUCAUUGUGUUGGAUGAGGUGCAGGAGCGCACAGUGCCCACAGAUGUGCUGCUCGGGCUGCUGAAGGAUGUGCUGCGCCAGCGCCCUGAGCUCAAGGUGGUGGUGAUGACGGUGCCGGCCCUGGAGGAGCGGCUGCGGGCCUUCUGCGGGGACCCUCCUGUGGUGCGGGUACCAGGACCCAGCCUGCCCGGCCAGCUGGUGUACAGGGAUCCACCGGCUCAGGGCCACGUCUCGGCUGCAUGCCAGGCGGUUUUGGACAUUCACCGGCACCAGGAACCCGGGGACGUGCUACUCUUCCUGGCCAGUGAGCAGGAGAUCAGUGAGUGCUGCGAGGCCAUCCACACCAAGGCUGUGGCCCUGAACCCGGGGCUGGGGCCACUGCUGGCCCUACCCCUGCACCCUGGGGUGGGGCGGGCAGCCCAGAAGGUCUAUGAGGUGCCGGAGCAGGGCAGCAGGCCCCAGGGCCGGCGCGUGAUUGUCACCCACUGGUUCGCAGAUUCGUCCUUCUCCCUGGGGACUGUGCGGUACAUCAUCGACACGGGGCUGGAGCUGCGCAGCGUUUACAAUCCCCGGAUCCGUGCAGAGUCCCAGGUGCUGCGGCCCAUCAGCAAGAGCCAGGCGGAGUCACGGAGGCAGCGGGCCGCAGGCAGCCCCCCAGGCACCUGCGUGCGCCUCUACUCCGAAGCCUUCUACGAGCAGUUCCUCCCGGCCGCCCCCGCCCCCCACGUGAGCGAGGCCAACCUGAGCCGUCUGGUGCUGCUGCUCAAGAGACUCGACAUCGCUGACAUGGGCCAGUGCCACUUCCUUGACCGGCCAGCCCCCGAGUCGCUGAUGCAAGCCCUGGAGGACCUGGAUUACCUGGCUGCACUGGAUGACGAUGGGAACCUCUCGGAAGUGGGGAUCAUCAUGUCGGAGUUCCCCCUGGACCCCCAGCUGGCCAAGGCACUCAUUGCCUCAUGCGAGUUCGACUGCGUCGACGAGAUGCUCACCAUGGCCGCCAUGCUGACAGCCUCGCCCUGCUUCGUGACCCCGGUGGCGCGCUCCGAGGAGGCUGUGGCCGUGCGCCGGCGGGCCCUGCUGCACCCUGAUGGGGACCACUUCACCCUCAUCAAUGUCUUCAGUGCCUUCCAGCAGCAUGAGCUGGAUGAGGGCUGGUGCCGGCAGCACGGGGUGAGCGGCGCGGGGCUGCGGCUGGCGGGCGUCGUGCGGGCCGAGCUGCUGGAGGUGAUGCAGCGAAUCGAGCUGCCCAUCUCUCCCCCGGCCUUCGGCACAGAUGACAACGUGCUCAACCUCAAGAGGGCACUCAUCUCUGGCUACUUCCUCAAGGUGGCUCGGGACAUCGAUGGCUCUGGGAACUACCUGAUGCUGACGCACAAGCAUGUGGCCCACCUGCCCCCCCACUGCUGCUAUGUGGUCCGGAGGCCACUGCCCCGCCCACCCCCCUGGGUCCUGUACCAUGAGUUCACCAUCUCACAGGACAACUGUCUCAGUGUGGUCUCUGAGAUCCAGCCCCAGAUGCUGGUGGAUCUGGCUCCCCAGUACUACCUGAGUAACCUGCCACCCAGCGAGAGCCGUGACCUGCUCAUGGAGCUGAGGGAGAAGGUGCUGGGUGCUGCGGAGCCCCUGGGCCGGCUGGAGCCAGCGCUGGAUGGGGCAGGGGCUGGGGCUGGGGAGGGGGAAGACAAGGACAAGGAUGUGUGCGCACUCCAGUGAGUGGGGGCGAGGGGCUGCCCAGGCUCCCCUCUUGUGACAAUGAGGGGUACAGGGAGCCCCAGGAGUGGGCCCGGGGCCCUUCCCCUUGUC